AUGUCCCAAGUAGAGAAGAGGAUGGUGACGGCUCAGGAAGCACUGACAUUCAGUGAUGUGUCUGUGAAGUUCACUGGGGAGGAAUGGGAGCUUCUAGACUCUUCUCAAAAGGCCUUGCACCACAACGUGAUGUUGGAGAACUACAGAAACCUGGUGUCCAUUGGAUAUCAACCUCGGAAACCUGAUGCACUCUCCAGGUUGGAAGAAGAUGAACAACCACAGAUUAAUUUCCCUGAAUACCGGAGUGAUAGCAUGUCAGCUAAGCUCACGGCCAUCGGCUCUCCUUCAGUGGGUUUCUGA